GCUGUGCCGAGUGCUUGCUGCCCCUUGCUGCGUGCUUCUUCACGUGUGUCUUCUAGAAGAGACGAGAUCGAGAAAAGAAAAGAAAAGAAAAGAAAAGAAACAGCAAAACAUAAAGGCAGUACGUUGCUGUCAAUUACCCGGAGAGGGCUCUCAUUUUUCCUGUGACGACCUUGUGGAGUUGUGGAGUGCUUGCUGCCCCUUGCCUUGUGCUUCUCCAGUCAGCCAUCUAGAAGAGGAGAAAAAGAGAAACAAAAACUGUCUCACAUUUUUCCUGUGAUAGCCGUGCGGAGUGCUUGCUGCCCCUUGCCUAUUGCUUCUUCACGUGUGUCUUCUAGAAGAGAGGAGAUCGAGAAAAGAAGAGAAAGGAAAAGAACAUAAAAAGCCAAACAUAAAGGCAGUACAUUGCCGUCUCUCAUUUUUCCUGUGACGGCCGUGCCAAGUGCUUGCUGCCCCUUGCCGCGUGGUUCUUCUCCUGUGUCUUCUAGAAGAGACGAGAUUGAGAAAAGAAGAGAAAGGAAAAUAAAAUAAAAAGCAAAACAUAAAGGCAGCACAUUGCUGUAAGUUACCCAGAGAGAAGAGAGGAGAUCGAGAAAAGAAGAGAAAGGAAAAGAACAUAAAAAGCAAAACAUAAAGGCAGUACAUUGCUAAAGGACGAGAUUGAGAAAAGAAGAGAAAGGAAAAGAACAUAAAAAGCAAAACAUAAAGGCAGUACAUUGCCGUAAGUUACCUGAAGAGGUUUCUCAUUUUUCCUGUGACGGACGUGCCAAGUGCUUGCUGCCCCUUGCCACGUGGUUCUUCUCCUGUGUCUUCUAGAAGAGACGAGAUUGAAAAAGACGAAAAAGAAAAGAAGAUAAAAAGCAAAACAUAAAGGCAGCACAUUGCUAAGAGAGGAGAUCGAGAAAAGAAGAGAAAGGAAAAGAACAUAAAAAGCCAAACAUAAAGGCAGUACAUUGCCGUAAGUUACCCGAGAGGUCUCUCAUUUUUCCUGUGACGGCCGUGCCAAGUGCUUGCUGCCCCUUGCCGCGUGGUUCUUCUCCUGUAUCUUCUAGAAGAGACGAGAUUGAGAAAAGAAGAGAAAGGAAAAGAAAAUAAAAAGCAAAACAUAAAGGCAGUACAUUGCUAAGAGAGGAGAUCAAGAAAAGGAGAAAGGAAAAGAACAUAAAAAGCCAAACAUAAAGGCAGUACAUUGCCGUAAAUUACCUGGAGAGGUCUUUCAUUUUGCAUGUGACGACUGUGCAGAGUGAUUGCUGCCCCUUGCCUUGUGAUUCUCCAGUCAGCCAUCUAGAAGAGAAGAAAAAGAGAAACAAAAACAAACAAUAAGUUACCCAAGGUUACCUGGAGAGGUAAGGUCUCUCAUUUUUAAGUGGGACAACUAUGCAGAGUGUUUGUAGCUCCUGGACUCUCACUUCUUCAAUCUGUUGUCUGCUAGUUUGGUGAACCUGCUGGCUUUAAGUCAGAGUGGUUAGUGAUUUCCACAGUUCAUAUCCACUAGAGCAAGUUCCUUCAAAAUGUCAUCUCAUGAGAGCUACACAAAUGCUGCAGAGACCCCUGAGAAUAUAAGCAUACUCAGCUGCUUGGGUGAGACUUCUGGUGCCCUGGUGGACACAAAGACAAUUUCUGACAUUAAAACUAUGGAUCCAGAAGUGAGUCUGACACCAAGCAGUGAUGUUACUGGCACUGAAGACAGCAGUGUUUUAAGCCCUCAAAGUACUGAUGUAAAUUCUGUUGAUAGUUACCAGGGUUAUGAGGGUGACGAUGACGACGAAGAAGAUGAUGAAGAUGACAAAGAUGGCGAUUCCAAUCUUCCCAGCUUGGAGGACUCUGACAAUUUUAUCAGCUGUUUGGAAAACUCAUAUAUCCCUCAAAAUGUAGAGAAGCGUGAGGUUGUGGAAGAGCAGAGUCUGGGAAGGCGUUUUCAUCCAUACGAGUUGGAGGCUGGUGAGGUUGUGGAAGGGCAGGGAGGGGGAAGCCUGUUCUAUCCAUAUGAGCUGGAGGCUGGAGAAGUUGUGGAAGCACAGAAUGUUCAAAACCUGUUCCACCGUUAUGAGUUGGAAGAAGGUGAGGUUGUAGAAGCACAGGUAGUACAAAGCAUGUUUCCCUACUAUGAGUUGGAGGCAGGAGAAGUUGUGGAAGCUGAGGAAGUGCAAGGUUUUUUCCAACGUUAUGAAUUGGAGGCUAGAGAGGUUAUAGGAGCACAGGGAGGACAAGGUCUUUCCCGCCAUUAUGGAUUGGAGGGAGGUGAGGUUGUGGAAGCAACAGCAGUGCGCAGACUGAUUCAGCACCAUGAGUUGGAGGAAGGUGAGGAUGUAGAUGAUCAGGAAGAGAGCUCUGAGAUGCAUGAAGAGACCAGUGAGGACAGCAGUGAGCAAUAUGACAUUGAAGAUGAUAGCUUGAUAGAUGAAUGGAUAGCUUUAGAGACAUCUCCUCUCCCAAGACCUCGAUGGAAUGUCCUUAGUGCUCUUCGUGAUAGGCAGCUGGGUUCAAGUGGUCGCUUUGUGUAUGAAGCCUGUGGUGCAAGAUUAUUUGUGCAGCGUUUCUCACUAGAGCAUGUUUUUGAAGGCCAUUCUGGAUGUGUCAACACUGUUCAUUUUAACCAACAUGGCACCCUGCUGGCUAGUGGCAGUGAUGAUCUAAAAGUGAUUGUAUGGGACUGGCUUAAAAAACGAUCAGUACUGAACUUUGACAGUGGCCACAAAAAUAAUAUCUUGCAGGCUAAAUUCCUUCCCAACUGUAAUGAUGCCAUCUUGGCUAUGUGUGGCCGUGAUGGGCAGGUACGAGUUGCACAGCUAUCUGCUGUGGCAGGCACCCACAUGACUAAGCGUUUGGUGAAGCAUGGGGGAGCAUCUCAUAGACUGGGUUUGGAACCAGAUUCCCCCUUUAGGUUCUUAACUUCAGGUGAAGAUGCAGUUGUCUUCAAUAUUGACCUCAGACAAGCCCACCCAGCUUCAAAGUUGCUUGUAAUCAAAGAUGGUGAUAAGAAAGUGGGACUGUAUACAGUCUUUGUGAAUCCUGCCAAUGUCUACCAGUUUGCUGUAGGUGGGCAAGAUCAGUUUAUGAGGAUUUAUGACCAAAGGAAAAUUGAUGAGAAUGUCAACAAUGGAGUUCUCAAAAAAUUCUGCCCUCAUCACCUUCUUAGCUCUGAUUACCCAGCACACAUCACAUCUCUGAUGUACAGCUAUGAUGGCACAGAGAUCCUGGCUAGCUACAAUGAUGAAGAUAUUUAUAUCUUCAACUCUUCUGAUAGUGAUGGAGCUCAAUAUGCUAAGAGAUAUAAAGGACACAGAAAUAAUUCUACAGUGAAAGGUGUAUAUUUCUAUGGCCCAAGAAGUGAAUUCGUGAUGAGUGGUAGCGAUUGUGGGCAUAUCUUCAUCUGGGAAAAAUCAUCCUGCCAGAUCGUUCAGUUCUUAGAGGCAGAUGAAGGAGGAACAAUAAACUGUAUUGAUUCACAUCCUUACCUACCUGUGUUGGCAUCCAGUGGGCUAGACCAUGAAGUCAAAAUCUGGUCACCCAUAGCUGAACCUUCCAAGAAGCUUGCCGGCUUAAAGAAUGUGAUUAAAAUUAAUAAGCUGAAACGAGAUAAUUUUACCUUGCGCCACACUUCCCUGUUUAACAACAGCAUGCUUUGUUUCCUCAUGAGUCAUGUGACACAGUCAAAUUAUGGACGCAGUUGGAGAGGUAUUAGAAUUAAUGCUGGAGGUGGAGAUUUCAGUGACUCUUCCAGCAGCUCUGAGGAAACAAACCAAGAAUCAUAGUGCCAGACUGCUUAAAAGAUGUCCUGAGAUACCACCUGAAGCUGAAUUCCACUUCAUAGUACUUUAAAAAUCAGAUUGAGUAGUAGGAUUUUCCCCCUUCUUUUUGUAGUGAUUUGUAAUUAAAGUAUUUCUAUUUCCUCUCCAUCUUUUCUCUCCUACCUGUUGUAUUACUUGCUUUUGUUAUAUCUUGUUACCUUGUAUACUACAUGAUUAUAGAACUAUAAUAGGCUUACUUUGUGUUCUUAGAGAUAGCCUAUAGAAUUGCCUGAAUUUGGUGAAAAAAAAUAAUAGUAUAAGAUCUUAUUUCUGUUCUUCAAAAAUUGUUGGAUUAAAAAAAAUUCAAUAACUUGAUUCUGAAUAUUAAGGUUGUUAAAAUUUUUUAAGAAAUGUUUAUGUUCUAAAGUAAAGUAAAAUAAAAUAAAACAAACAA